UCAUUUAUUGGUUCUUGCAUCAAACCUGAUGGUGCCUCAAUUGUGAAAGGUGUAUCAGCGUCUCCCAGAAAAGUAAAACUGUUCUUUAGCAAGUGACGAUGAGUGAGGUGAAGGAAGAUGGGUGCUUUAACGCUCACGUGGGGGGUGUGCAGAAUAGUAAUCUAUCUAUGCCAGACAGCUCAAACCAGAAUAGGAAUGAUAGCUCACAACCCGAAAGCCAUCCUCCGGAAAGUGCUCAGCAGCAGUUCCGGAACUUCUGCUACAAUCAAGUACCUGGACCACUAGAGGCUGCCAGCAAGCUUCAUGAAUUAUGCUUUCAGUGGCUGAUGCCAGAGACCAACUCAAAAGAGCAGAUCCUGGAAGCUCUGGUGCUAGAGCAGUUCCUGAACAGUCUGCCCCAGGCAAUGAAGAACUGGGUGCAAAAGCAUUUUCCACAGGAUAUCAACCAGGCCGUGGCUCUGGUCGAAAGCUUGCAGACAGAGCCUGAUGCAGUGCCCAACAAGGGCUUGUUGACAUUUGAAGAUAUAGAGAUGCAUUUUUCUAAGGAGGAAUGGUGUUCACUGGAUCCUUCUCAGAAGACACUCUACAGUGAUGUAAUGCUGAACAUCUACAAGAUGGCCACCUCUCUAGGUAUUAGCAUUAUUCAUGGUUCUCUAGAGGAAUAG